AUGGGUAAACUUAACUUCGACAUUGACGAGGCUGCACUACUUAAGGCAUAUCGCAUAUCUUCACUCGAGCCUACACAAUGGGAAGACGUCGAUCAUGAAUUUAGUGACUCGCUGGCAGGCGCUCUGACAGGCAGCCCAAAUGAGGGAGUUAGUCACGAACUAGCCGAUCCUCUUGGCCUAUAUCACCACGGUGUCGACACCUCGGAGAUGAAGUUAGAAGCUAAGGCUGCCGUCCUUAUUACUUCGAAAUCAUUCGAUCCGAAGGCUUUUCUUUCUACAAUUCAUCCGAAUGCUACACAUCAGGACCUCACUGCGGGGACCGCUCGCCUAAAGCAGACGCUGGAUUCUCGUUCAGAGGCAAUAAGGGUUCUCGUUGAAGAUAAUUUCGAUCAUUACGUAUCUGUCAAAGCAUCUACUGAAAGCCUUUAUAUGGAUAUGAAGGAGCGGUUUCUCGCCCCAGAAUCGGACUAUGGCUCAAAGGAAAUCCUAGAAAAACUCAAACUGGCUAGUGCGAAGGCGGACCAAGUAUUCCAACCUAUUUUAGAGAAUGCGGCUAAAGCCCAGCGCGUUCGUGCAACGCUUGGGAAUCGAUACGAAGUUGCUUUGCGGGACUAUAAUAAAGGAAAAUACCUUAUGGAUUCGCGCCCCGGCCGGCUCAUAUCGGUCGCAGGAGGCUCAUCCACUGAGUCCCAACAAAAACGAGUCCUCAACAAGGUCUGGGGUGCCGUGGAGAAGGUCAUGGGAGAGAUGCGGAACCUGCUAAUUUCCCAGCUUCAGCAGCCUACACGAAGUGUGGAUGAACAGCGGAAAACGAUUGAGAUUUUGCUGGAGAUGAAUAUCCCAGAUGAUCCAGUGUGGAUAUAUCUCGAUAAUCAACACAAGUAUAUCCUUGGCCAGUUGGGAUCCUCGUUUGAAGCCUCUGUGAAGUCGAUUGAUGACGGGGCGCAUGGCUCCGCCGAAUGGAAGGCCACCCUUAAUCUGGUCAAGGCAGCAUCCGAAGUGAUGUUGACUUUACUGCCUCCCUUCUGGAAGAUUGCCAAAGAUUACCUUGAUGGUGCUUUCAAGAAGUCAUCAGGCGUUACUGUAUCGCGGCGAAGUCCAAAUCAAUGCAGAACAAUGGCUUUCGACAUCGUCAACCUAUACAUAUCUCUCCCUUCUGAAUACUUUACCCUCUCUGACAAGGCCGUUGUCACUAAUACUGCCAGCGGUAUUCCACCUUUUGUACCAACAGCAUCAAGUUCUAUCACCACCUCCUGGUUCGUUUCUAAGAUUUUGUCAGAGAUGGAAGAGUGCGUGAACGACGUAACUACCGCCGAGCUGUCUGGGGAGGCUAGCUCUGGGCUCAAGAGUCUGCUAGAAAGCGCCAGAUGGAGGUUCGUCGACGCAGUGUGCGAUAACUGGCUAAGAGACUCUCAACGAUUCCAUCAUUUGGAGACAUGGGAACAGGACCCGAAAAACCCACCUUUCACCUUGUUCCUCUCCCAAAUACAGAAGUUCCAGACUUAUGUGACUACAUGCACAUAUAAAAUUGCUGGAGGCAUCGACAUAUCAAAUCCAAAGACUCCCACCAAACAACUCCCCAUUGGUAGAGAAUUUUCCUCCAAGAUACAACGGACUUUUCUCGACUCCGUCUAUGCUCUUCUCGAUGGGCUGGAAUUGCUUUCCCGUGCUCAGUACGAACCAGUGCUGACGAAGGAAGCGGCACCACUGGUCCUUACUUCGAUAACACCCGCCACACCACAAAGUCUGGAUCGCGACACUCGAAUGUUGUUAAUAACUUCGAGUUUUGGUUUAAUGAGCAAGGCUAUUAUUCCCACCAUGAUAAAUCAGCUAGAAUCCGCUCUCAAUGUAUCCAUAUCGCAUGAUCGCAAGACGCUGAUGGAAGUAGUCAGCGUUCUCGACAGUACACUUUUUGAUGACUUCAUCAGGCUCAAAAGCUCAAAAGUGAGAGAGAUGAUUCAUACUGGAGUGAAUGGGGGAACUGCGGAUUGGACUGAGUCGACGCGGCCAACGGAGGUACGGGGCUAUAUGUAUGAAGUGCUUUUAUUCUUCGUCACUGUGCAUCAGCAUGUGAUCGUCGUCGCAAAGCCUUUAUUGGAGAGGACCAUGGUAGCCCUAGUCGAAGCACUGACCGAAGAAGCCCUCGCCGCUUUUCGACAAGUCAAUGAAUUUGGGAUUGGAGGAAUGCUUAGGGCAACGUUGGAAAUCGAGUUCGCACACCAAACUCUUCUCCAAUACGUGUCUCCUAAAGCUAGCGAGAUACUGACGUCGAUAUACAGCACAAUAUCACAAGCAUACUCUCGACAAAAGAAAUUGAGUCGCCAGGAAAAUCUCCAACGGGAGUUGGAUGGUGUCAAGAGAACAUUGCAUGAAAGCCGCCGAUCCACAGCGAUCGAGUUUCGAUGCUUCAAGCCUACGAAAGAGACUAAUGCGAUGUGA